UCGUCCGCCGAGAGCCCAUCAUGCUCCCCUACGCAUACCAGAAAAAAUCUUUCUGCGAACCCGCAUUACUCAACGUCUGCCGCUGGAUCCGCGCCGAAGCAACGCCGAUAUACUAUUCUUCCAACAUCUUCUCGGCCCCAUCACCGCCCUCAGCCCACGAGUUCUUGAAGUACCUUAGUCCCGAAAAGAUUUCUCGAAUUCGAAAUUUUCGACCUUUCGAUUUGGUCUUGCCGUUGAAUGCACAUCGACGAUGGUUUGCCUCACUGAGGACGAAUGUGAAUCGUUUGGUUGAGCAGGUCGGCAAGCGUGCGUUGAGUUCGGAAGCAAUCUAUGUCCCGAUGAGGAAUCUGUCGCAGAAUGUUGAAUGGUGUAAACUGAGAGAUUUGGAGGAGUUGGAUCUUGUGAGCCUACAGAAUGGGAGUUGGAGUCUGCAGUGGAAAGAAGAUUGAGUCAAACUAAGCCAAGCUUCGAGCCAUAGCGACUUUGUGUUGGCAUUGCACGCGUCUGCCACACGACCGGUCCGCUGUACCACUUCUCGACACAUCCGAAGCGAAGCGCUAUCGAUCUCACAAAUUUCAGCUCGCCAUGGAAGGACGAAUACGCGUACUCCUUCCUCACUUGCUCGCGCGACGACGACACAUUCUCCUGCCUGAAAUCACUCCACCAUUUCGAUUUCUGGAUUCUCACUGUCGCAAUCCGCACCUGCGCGAGAUUUUCGUCCUAUCGCCUUGCCUCAAAGGUUCAAUGAUAUUGGACAGCUGCACAAACAUAGCUGCGAUUCACCAUACUGUGAAACUUGCUGCAGGGAAUACACCGUCUGUGAAAGUCAGAAAUAUGGCAUGACUGAUUUGGAGCAAAGGGUCAGACAGAUUGUGGAGGGUAGAGUUGAAGCCUUUUGAGGAGCUUCCCUUGGAGAUGGACGCUGGCAUGUUCAUUUGC